GCGAUUACUUGUUCGCUGCUUCGGGGAGUUUCAGGGUUUGGACUUUGCCACGUUGCUGCAGACGCCGGGCUACGCUUCUGCAGGAUGUUGUGACUGAGGCAAUACGGUGCAACCGUGUGGGAUGAACGUAGAAGCACGAAACAGCUGGUGGAGAUAGUUGUGUGUUUGCUGGACAUUGAUUUGCAUCGCCGGUUAAAAUGCUUACUGAUGUGGUUAUCGAGGAGGAUUUUGAACUGAGGAGCGACGACCUUUGGUAUAGCAAACAAGACCUUGAGAAUGAUUUACAUUUGGCUGCGGAGCUUGGCAAAACCUUGCUGGAGAGAAACCAUGAGCUGGAACAGAGCCUUCAGCAGAUGUACACCAACAACCAAGAGCAGCUGCAGGAAAUCGAGUACCUGAGCAAGCAGAUGGAGGUGCUGCGUACGAUGAAUGAGCAGCAUGCUAAGGUGUAUGAGCAGCUGGACGGGGUGGCCAGAGAGCUGGAGCAGGGCAACCGUAAGCUGACGCAGGACAACCGUGCCGCUCAGCAGAGGAUCCAGAGCCUGACGGAGACGGUGGAUGGCCUGCAGUCCCACAUGGACGAGCUGCAGGAGCAGGUGGAGCAGCUGAGUGCGUCGCAGGCGGAUCGCGCCCGCAGGGAGCAGGCCCUGCAGCAGCAGCGGCGCAGCAGCAUGGGUGCUCAGAGUGUACCCUGUCUGAAGGAGCUCUAUGACAUGCACCAGGACAAGUACCUGACACAGGAUGACUUCAGAGUGUGCGAGCGCCCCUGGCCAUUUCAGAUGGAGGAGCUCACGGCCGGCACAGAGGCAGAGGAGGAGGAGGAGGAGGAGAGGGCAGCCUUGCACGAGCUGGUCCAGACCUUGGAGGCCCAGCUGGAGGCAGAGCGCUCGCGUCGUUAUGAGGCGGAGCAGGAGGCCGAAGCGACGGUGGAGGAGAACAGCCUGCUGGGACUGCGUCUGGUGGCCCUGGAGGGGUGUCGCGCCCGGCAGACGGAGCUGGAGGCAGAGGUGGAGGAGCUGCGGCAGCUGUGGCGUGCCGAAGUAGCCAGCACCAGGAGGGCGCAGAGGGCACUGCCCGACGACAUGUUCCUCAACACAGAGGAGCAGCCUGCAGGGGAGCAAGAGGAGGAGGAGGAGGAGGAAGAGGAGGAGGAGGAGGAGGAGGAAGAAGAGGUGGUUCCAGAGGAGAAAAGAGUAGGGAAACCGCGCCCACGGCGCCAGAGUGACGGGGCACUUCAGGGCACAAGCGGCAAGGAACUGCGGCGUCGGCACCGGCCCACCUGCGCCCGCCGGCCCCGGGCACUGUGGUGUCGCGGCGUGUCACUGCUCAGCGAGGUGGAUGCCCAGUACAGCGCCCUACAGAGGCAGUACGACGAGCUGCUGCGCCGCAGCCAGGAGGGAUCCCUCAGCCACAAGGCCGUUCAGACCCCCGGGGGCCGUUCCGUCCACGCCCACGCUCACGCCCAUGCCUCCGCCCACACCCACCGCCGCCGCCUCUCCAGCUCCGCCUCCAGCGAGGCCCCCGAGUACAAGGCCCUGUUCAUGGAGAUCUUCACCUGCAUCCAGAAAACCAAAGGGGACCUGAGUGACACCAGCGUCCAGGCCAUCCACAAAAUCCAGACGAGACAGACGAGACGUCAGAGCCAGUCCAUCCAGACGGAUGAGACACAGUGACUCACCCGUGCUGAGUGGGGCUGCUACCAGUUGAGGCAGGAGAGUCACUCCCUCUUUCCCCUGUCAUGGGGUUGGGGCUGCAGCUUAUUCUAGGCUUCUGCAUCAGUAAGAGGAGGGUGCUCAGGACUGGCCUUGGGCUUCUCUACAGAUGCCCUUCAUGGAACUUAGUGUUACAUCUGCACCCAGAAAGGAAAGAGUAGUGUCCUUUACGUUGCAUGCUUUGGUGUGGGCCAGGUGUGGAACCUUGUUAGCUGUGUAUGUCAGGGAUUAGCUGAGUCUCAGAACAGUGUUUCUGUUCUGUUUCUUCCCAAACAAGAGCAAGUGCAAGGUUAGAUGUAUUAACUUGCUGUUGACUUGACAUAGACCUGACUCAACAAAUGUAUAUGCAUGCAAGACGAAUUUAGAAGCCAAUGAAUGUAAUGAUUACAGCUGUUUUCAAUCUUCGAAGUAUAUUUGCACUUGAUUUGAAAAUAUGUGCUUGUAAUAAAGGGUAGAGCUUUGGGACAGAAGUAAAGAGACAGAGACAGAGGUGCAUCGCUGGCUUGUAUAUAAAAAGUGCCAUACAGUGUAUUCCUUGAGUAAAUGUGAAUGCUAGUUGCUUUUAGAAUGAUGAAGAAAAUCUCAUGGAUUGCCCAGAAUGUCAAAAUUCAGGAAGACUGGGCAAGACAUUCGUUCUGGUGGUCCAUAAUGUUUAGGCAGUGGAUCCAGUGUUUGUAGAUGUGGAAGACAGAUACAAAGCAGAACAUUUAAUAGACCUACCAUGCAGAAGCUAAACUGCUUUGCACAUUACAGCAUCAAUGUUUUCCUCUUAUUUGUUAUUUAUUGUAAACACAUUCAUCUUUAGAAAUGAGAUUCUAUUUAUUUUGUACCUAAUUUUCUCGUAUGUUUACAGUUAUGCAUUUCAAAUUUAUAAAAUUAUUGUUAAUUUAACUAAAUCAGAGGUCAGAGAUUGACCACUUUUGUAAAUUACUUAGUGGAGGCGGAGAUUGGAUUUGGCACACAUUCCUACAGUCAGAAUUACACAACAAGCAUAAUCUUACUCAGUUGAUUAAAAUUACAGUAAUUUACAAGCAGUUGUGUACUGAAAACUAGGACUAGGUGAUUUUUGUUUUGGGGAAGAACAUAUUAUGUGUCCAGUGUUCUUACCCUAAUUUAAUGUAUUUGCUAUGCGAGAACCCAGAGCUGAGGUGUAGAAAUAUAUAGUGUGCAGCCAGUAUGAGAUCGAAGAACAAAGAAAUGUUGAAAUUCUUAAAAAAAAAAAGAAGAAAAGUUUAGGAAGGAUUCAGCUGUUGCUGUGUGGUGCUAGAAAGUGGAUUAAGGCAUGAAGCUCUCACUCUUGGGUCGUCUCCAUCUCUGCAAUAUAAUGCUAUCAAGCAUGCGGUCCAAUUAUUUUCGUAUGUUUGUGUAAUUGUAUCACCUACUCAAUGUAAGCACAAGGCGCAAACAGUGGAUAAAGGCAGUCAUACUCCUUUUGGAAUGUAAACAAAAAAAUAUUCCUUGGAACAUCAACUAUUUUGUUUUGUUAGAGCUUUCUGACACGUGUGGAUCCUUUUUAUCCUCAACUAGUGUUCUGAAAUAUUUGCAGAUUAAAUGCUGUAGCUCUAUCAUAUUGCUACAGAUGUUUUUUUGAAUCAAAAUGUAUUGAUGUCUUUAUCAGUAGAAAAUCCAGGUGCGUAUAUAUAUCAAUCAUAAUGGCACUCUUAACUGUAAUGAUGCACAGCAUUUCUACUUUUUGUUUUGACCUUGUUCAGGGACUAUGGCAUACAUUUCUAAGAUACACCUUUUUUAAGUAUUGAAAUCCUUAAACUGUAAUGAUAAAGUUUACCUACUAACAUGUGAAAUGCAAAAAUUAAAUAUAUUUAUGAACAA